AUGGGCGCUGUCAAGUUUCACCUUUACAAAAUCCUUGGUGUCCCCGUGGAAAGCUCUACCGAGGAUGUCACGCGCGCAUAUCGGCGUCUCGCACUCAAGUACCACCCCGACCGCAACCCAGAGGGCGUGGAAAAGUUCAAGAGUAUCUCGAAUGCCUAUGCCGUGCUCUCUGACCCUGAGCGACGCGCGGCAUACGACCUGACAGGCUUUGUCUCGGAUUUCGCAGACUCAUCGCACGUCAUGUCAGAUGAGGCGGCUCGCCAGCAGCGCUCUGCGGAGCUAGCGGAUCAGGUGCGCAGCUUCUUUGCCACCUACGCUGGAUCUGCAGAGGAGCGGGCGGACGUCGUGCGCGGCUAUGAAAAGUGCAACGGCGACUUCAAAAAGAUGGUGCGAGGGUAUCUUCUCUUCGACAACGGCGUUGAGGCGGAGGUGCAGCGGCUGCAUCGCCUUGUGUCAACGCUGAUCGAGAUGGGGAAUCUAUCGCGAACACCGGCGUGGGAGUCAACGAGCACCCCCGAGGCUGUCCUCAGGCUGGAAAAAGCCAUGCACCGUGAGCGUCAGGCGGCAGAGAAGGUGCUGAAAAAUAUGGCCGGCAGCGGUACCAGUGCAGCAGGCACCGCAGACGGCGACCUUAGCAGUCUUCAAGUUAUGAUUCGGCAGCGACAGCAGUCUUCAUACGAGUCAAUGCUGAACCACCUUGAGAGCAAGUACGUGACAAAGGAGAAGAGCGCACGGGAGUCGAGCAAGCGCGCACGCGAGGCCGCACCGACCGCUCGCGAAGACGAGCGUGCUUCCAAAAAGAAUCGCAAAGCCUCUCGUCACCGGUAG